AUGGCGUGCCGCUGCUGCUCGGAGGGCCGGCGGCACAGCAGCAUCCUCUACAGCAUCCUCCGCAGCCAGGAGGAGCGGGCGGUGCCGGCGGCCGGGCCGGCGCCCCGGGGCUGCCCGUGCGGGUCGCGGCGCAGGGUGGCCCUGCGGAGCCCGCAGGUGGCUUGCAAGGCGGCCUCGGCCGUGCUGGUGAAGACGCUGCGCUUCGUGCAGAACGUGCCCUGCUUCCAGGAGCUGCCGCUGGAGGAGCAGCUGCUGCUGGUGCGCAGCUGCUGGGCGCCCCUGCUGCUGCUGGGGCUGGCGCAGGAGCGGGUGCACCUGGAGACGGUGGAGAGCGCGGAGCCCAGCAUGCUGCAGCGCAUCCUCACCGCCCGGCAGCACGGCGAGCGCCCGCCGGCACCGGCACCAGCACCGGGCCGGCCGCACCACGGCCCGCACCCGCCCUCGGCCGGAGAGAUCCAGGCCAUCAAGGGCUUCCUGGCCAAGUGCUGGAGCCUGGACAUCAGCACCAAAGAGUACGCUUACCUCAAGGGGACGGUGCUCUUCAACCCGGAUCUACCUGGACUGCAGUGUACACAGUACAUUGAAGGAUUGCAGAGGGAAGCACAACAAGCUCUAAAUGAACACGUCAGACUCAUUCACAGAGGUGAUGAAGCCAGAUUUGCCAAGCUCAAUGUUGUUCUCUCCUUGUUGAGAUCUAUUAAUGCUAAUGUGGUUGCUGAAUUAUUCUUCAGGCCCAUCAUUGGAGCAGUGAACAUGGAUGACAUGCUUUUGGAAAUGCUUUGUGCAAAAUUAUAGUUAAAAUUAUAAAGGUGUGUAAAAUAAUGACAAGAAGUCCAGUGCAAAGGAAGCCCCAGAGCAGGAUAGUGUAAAGUAUUGUAAAUAAACUAACUUAUUGUUUUUACAUAGAUAGUAUUUUUGUAUUCCAUAAUAAAAUAUUCUUCAAGUUC